AUGGCCGCGAUCCCGCACCGCGCGGGGCUGCGGGACGGGGGGGUCGGGGGUUCUGAGGACGCGCCGCGCUGCGGGGUGCGGGGAGCGGUGCGGGGUCUCGGCCGGAGGUGGCGGUGCCGGGCCGUGCAGCUCCGCCCCCCGCACCGCCCCUUCCGCGGGGCCGCCAUGCUGCUGCUGUGCGCGGGGCGGGCGGGCUGCGGGCUGCGGGCGGUGCGGGCGGCGCUGAGCAGCUGCAGGAAUGGGGGGUCGGCGCUCCGCUCCGCACCGCGCCCCGCACUGCGCCCCGCGCCGCUCCUCGUCCCGGCGGGGUUUGCGUUGGGCUGCGUGGGGGCGGCGCUGGGGGCGGCAGCGCUAUGCCAGGAGGGCCGUGGCCUCUCCGUCCCCGCCGCCGUCCCCGCCGCUCCGCGCCCCGAACCCGAGUUCCAAUGGGCGGCGUUCUGGGCGCUGCUGCGCCCGCAGCUCCUCGCGCUGUCGGCGGCCGUCGUGCUCGCCCUGGGCGCAGCGCUGCUCAAUGUGCAGAUCCCGGUGCUGCUGGGGCAGCUGGUGGACGUGGUGGCCCGUGAGGCACGGACCCACCUGGAGGGGUACCUGCGUGCCGCCCGCCCCCCAGCGCUGCGCCUGCUCGGCCUCUACAGCCUGCAGGCGCUGCUGACCUUUGGGUACAUCGCUCUGCUGUCCCGUGUUGGGGAGCAGGUGGCUGCCAGCAUGAGGAAAGCUCUCUUUGUGUCUCUGCUGCGGUAGGGCGGGCGUGC